AGCUACUGAUUGUUAUGGUUGGUGUUUGAGUUCCUCCUCUUCCUCAGUGAGGGCAGCAGCUGGAGGAAGAUGACUUCGUUACGGCCGUUUACCUGCGAUGAUCUGUUUAAAUUCAACAACAUAAAUCUGGAUCCGCUCACUGAAACUUAUGGGAUCCCGUUCUACCUGCAGUACCUGGCUCACUGGCCCGAGUACUUCAUUGUUGCUGAAGCUCCUGGUGGAGAGCUGAUGGGCUACAUAAUGGGGAAGGCGGAGGGAUCCGUGGCCCGGGAGGAGUGGCACGGUCACGUCACGGCUCUAUCUGUGGCUCCGGAGUUCAGAAGGCUCGGCCUUGCUGCCAAACUCAUGGAGAUGCUGGAGGAGAUCUCAGAGAGAAAGGGCGGAUUCUUUGUGGAUCUGUUUGUGAGAGUCUCCAACCAGGUGGCGGUGAACAUGUACAAACGUCUGGGUUACAGCGUCUACAGGACGGUGAUCGAGUAUUACUCUGCCAGUAACGGGGAGCCGGAUGAAGACGCCUACGAUAUGAGGAAAGCUCUGUCCAGGGACACAGAGAAGAAGUCCAUCAUCCCACUGCCACAUCCUGUCAGACCUGAGGACAUUGAAUAACAGACUGUGGCUCUCUGACCUGCUGACCUAUUGGUUCUCAUCAGAUGUGUUGACUGAACGCCAGAGAGCCACUGAAUGUUUAAAAUGUUGAACAUUUCAUUUGCUGUAAAUUCUAAUGAACUGAGUCUGUUUGAUACAGAAAGAAAACUGAAGUCUAAUCUU